CUCGCAGAUAGUAAUUAGUGCCUCGAGUAAAUCAAUUUGGUUUGCGUCAGUGAUUGUGCCAGUGGUAAGCAUUCAAGAUAUUAAAUCUUCUGGAAAUCUUCGAAUUCCAUUGAACGUGAACUUCAGGGUUAAACAGAGAGAUCUGGUAGUGAAUCUAACAAAGAGACAUCUCACAUGUGGAAUCAAAGGUCAACCUCCUAUAAUCGAUGAUGAUUUUCAAUAUGAAAUUAAAUUAGAAGAAUCUACAUGGGUCAUCGAAGAUGGAAAAUCACUAUUGUUCAACUUUGAGAAGGUAAAUAAAAUGAAUUGGUGGUCCAAACUAGUCAACUCGGAUCCUGAAAUCAGCACUAGGAAGAUCAACCCAGAACCAUCCAAACUAAGUGACCUUGAUGGAGAGACCAGAGGGCUAGUUGAAAAAAUGAUGUAUGACCAACGGCAAAAGGAAUUAGGUUUACCCACCAGCGAUGAACAGAAGAAACAAGAUGUGAUUAAAAAGUUUAUGGAGCAGCAUCCUGAGAUGGACUUUUCGAAAUGCAAGUUUAGUUAAAAAUUUAUGAAUUCGCUUUUUUAUAUUUUACCCUUCUGUAUUAUUGCCUUAACUUAAAUACACUUAUUAAAUAGUAAA